UAACAAGGGAAAUGGACAAGCGAUUAUCUGAACAAACGAGGAUAUAAGAAUGAAAUUCUCUAGCUAACCGUGGAAGAGGAGAGCAGAAUGCAGUGGUACUUGGUUGCCGCGCUUCUCACCGUUCUCACUAGCUCUCAGGGAAUUUUGACAACUCUAUCUCAAAGUGAAGGAAGGUAUUUGUACGACUAUGCGACUGUACCAUUUCUUGCUGAAUUUUUUAAGCUAGUGGUUUCUGGUUUGCUUCUUUGGAGAGAGCACCGGACAUCACCAUCUGUGAGGAUGACUACAGACUGGAGAACUGUGCGCUUAUAUCCUAUUCCAUCAGUAAUAUAUCUAAUUCAUAACAAUGUCCAGUUUGCUACACUGACUUAUGUGGAUACAUCAACAUAUCAGAUAAUGGUGGAUGGCAAUUGUUCUAUUAGCUGUUGGAACAACUACAAGUCAGUAAAAGAAGAAAUGCAUGGGGCACGUCUAUUUUGCAUUAUACCUCCAGAUGCAAAUUGGCUGCAAGAGUUUAGAACUUCCCCAAAAGAAUUGAUAAUAGUUAAAGGUUGUGGAGAAGCUUCUUGUGAUUCUCUAUUUUCAGCUCCAAUCCAAGGCUAUUUGUUGGGUAUUCUAUCUGCUUGCUUAUCAGCUUUGGCUGGUGUCUAUACGGAGUUUCUGAUGAAGAAGAACAAUGACAGCUUCUACUGGCAGAAUGUGCAGUUGUAUACAUUUGGUGUGAUAUUCAAUAUGGCGUGGCUUCUUCUAGAUGACUUCAGAAGCGGAUUUGAGAACGGGGCAUGGUGGCAACACCUUCUCAAUGGCUAUGGUAUUACUACAUGGAUGGUGGUUUUGAAUCUCGGAUCCACUGGCUUACUGGUUUCAUGGUUGAUGAAGUAUGCUGACAACAUUGUGAAGGUAUAUUCCACAUCAAUGGCAAUGUUGCUGACGAUGGUAUUAUCAAUAUACCUUUUUAGCUUCAAGCCUACAUUGCAGCUUUUCCUGGGUAUCAUCAUCUGUAUGAUGUCACUGCACAUGUAUUUUGCCCCUCCAAACAUGCUUGUGGAUUUGCCGACAACAAUUAAAGCUCCGCAUCCUCCUGAGGGCCUAAAAGAAGUUUCUAUUGAACAACGAACAGAUUCCUGAUAUUUCUCAUAUUAUAUAAACUAAUUCUUUUGCCAGUUGCUCACUGAAAGUUGUAUUGCAAAAUGGUUUUUAAUUCAUAUGGAUAUGCCUCCUUGGCUGGUGUUGAGCCAAUUUUUAGAGCGUCA